GUGUCAUGACCAGAAAUUCUCGAAAAGAACUGGCUGCAGCUUCCAAUAGUGAAGAUAACAAUAACGAGACUUCAAAAGUAAAAGACAUAAGGCAGUGGUUUGCACAGUUGAACGUUGAUUUUGAACAGAUCACCGACAUUGUCCAAGAAAUGAUAUCAUUAUACGCCUUAUGGGAAGAAAAGGAAAAGCCUCGUGAGAUCCAAGAAAUUCUGCAAAAACUGUUAAAAAAAUAA